AUGGGCUCUCACUGUAGUCCUUCAUCUAACAAAGUACUGAAGGCCAGAAAGAUCCAGGCCUGGUGGCGAGGCACCCUGGUGCGGCGCACGCUGCUGACUGCUGCCCUCAAUGCUUGGAUCAUUCAGUGCUGGUGGAGACAGACACUGGCCAGAACGCUGGAGAAGAGACGGCUGACGGUCCUGCGCUGGAUGGCACGAGAAACGAGGGCCGGUGUCACUAUUCAGUCCUGGGUCCGAAUGCUGCAGGUCCGCCAGCGGUACCGCCGCUUGCGUUACGCCACCCACAUCAUCCAGGUGUCAUGGCGCUGGUAUAACUGCCAUACCCGUGGCUUUUUUGAGGGCACUUAUGAAAUCACAAGGGACAAACUAAGUCUGCGGCUUGACAUCUUUCUGGGAUCACAGCAGCAAGUCCGCACAAUGACCGCAGACACAAAGCACCACAGGAGCUUGUUCUGUGACAUCAGCAGCCUGUGUCUGAACUCACAGGCGGCGAUACGCCUGAAUAACCUUUUCUUAUUUUCCCACCCUCAGACCAAGGAAAAACAACCACCACGGCCAAAACGACCGCCGCCGCCAAAACAACCACCACCACAGCUGGCAGCCAAAAAGAUCCAGGCCUGGUGGCGAGGCACCCUGGUGCGGCGCACGCUGCUGACCGCUGCCCUCAAUGCUUGGAUCAUCCAGUGCUGGUGGAGACAGACACUGGCCACGACACUCAAGUGGAAACGCAUGGAGGCUCUGUGCCGGAUGGCACGAGAAACGAGGGCCUGUGUCACUAUUCAGUCCUGGGUCCGAAUGCUGCAGGUCCGCCAGAGGUACCGCCGCUUGCGUUAUGCCACCCACAUCAUCCAGGUGUCAUGGCGCUGGUAUAACUGCCAUACCCGUGGCUUUUUUGAGGGCAGCUAUGAAAUCACAGGGGACAAACUAAGUCUGCGGCUUGACAUCUUUCUGGGGUCACAGGUUUGUCGUAUAUCAGACUGCAUAUCCUUGCCAAUAAAGAACUGAUCAGGUCUUCUAACAGCUGGCAUUGGGUCUUUGUGACACAAACCACCUGGCGUCCCUGUCCAGCAGCAAGUCCGCACAAUGACCACAGACACAAAGCACCACAGGAGCUUGUUCUGUGACAUCAGCAGCCUGUGUCUGAACUCACAGGGUCAGAAGAUGUGAGAGCCCUGGACCACAACAGUGUCUGUGUCUGAUCAGCAAAGCCUGCAUGGCUGGAGAGUUGGGAUAAAGUCACCAGGAACACUGCUAGAUGGCAGCUCCCCUUGGCUGUCCAA